AUGUCCAAAAUGUACGUUUUUUUGUUGUUUUUUGUUUUAUCUUUUCUCAAUUGAAACUUGAUUUGACCAACUUUACUAACCGUUUAUGCCAUUUUUUCAGUCCCCGAAACUUCAAACUCUUGGAAGAGUUGGAAAAAGGCGAAAAGGGUUUAGGUGCAGAAUCGAUAUCGUACGGCUUGACAAAUCAAGACGACAUAACCAUGACAAACUGGAAUGGCACGAUAAUAGGACCACCGCACUCCAACCAUGAGAACAGAAUUUAUUCCCUAAAUAUAACAUGCGAUAACAACUACCCCGAGAAGCCUCCAAAAGUCAGAUUUGUCUCCAAGGUUAACUUGCCCUGCGUGGAUCCACACGGCAACGUCUUGGUUAACGAGUUUGACACGUUGAAGAACUGGAAGAGAUCGUACAGUAUGGAAACUGUCUUGUUGGAAUUGAGGAAAAGCAUGGCGUCUCCUGCCAAUAAGAAAUUGACUCAACCUGCUGAAGGAUCGACAUACUGA